CGAGGCGCCGCCGGUACCGGCGCCGCCGCCGCCAUUUUGUGUCGGGCUGAAGCGGCGCGGCUGAGUCCCGUCGGGUCCCGUCCCCGUCCCUCUUUCCCCGGGUGGCACCAUGGAGGCCGAGCCCACGGGUCUGAAACCCCCUCGGCGGAGACGGGGCAGGGCAAGUGCAGGGCCCCGCGCCAGCCGCUCGCCCCCGGCGGCCAGCACCCCCGGUGGGGCCGCGUCGUGCAGCCGGUAUCCUCUGAGACGAGGCAGCUCUUUCACGUUUCUGACUCCAGGACCACACUGGGACUUUACCCUGAAAAGGAAGCGCCGAGAGAAGGACGAUGAUGUGGUCAGUCUCUGCAGCCUUGACUUUAAGGAGCCAAGCAAUAAACGGGUUCGGCCUUUAGCACGGGUCACAUCCUUGGCGAACUUGAUCUCUCCUGUAAGAAAUGGUGCAGUUCGGCGCUUUGGGCAGACAAUACAGUCAUUCGCCCUUCGCAGCGACAGCAAAUCCCCUGGCUGUGCCCAGAAGUCAUGUAGCAGAUCCGCUGCUCCCACCCCUCCUAAAAGAAGAAACAGUGUCCUCUGGUCUGAGAUGCUAGAUGUCAACAUGAAAGAAUCCCUGAGCACCAAAGAAAUCAAGCGCCAGGAGGCAAUAUAUGAAAUGUCCAGAGGAGAGCAGGACCUAAUUGAAGACCUGAAGCUUGCCAGAAAGGCUUAUCACGAUCCUAUGCUGAAACUCUCCAUCAUGUCCGAGGAGGAACUCACCCACAUAUUUGGGGACUUGGAUUCUUAUAUUCCUCUGCAUGAAGACUUGUUGGCAAGUUUAGGAGAAGCAACAAAACCAGAUGGAACAGUGGAGCAGAUUGGGCCCAUUCUCGUGAAAUGGUUACCAAGACUCCAUGCCUACAAAGGUUACUGUAGCAAUCAGCUGGCAGCCAAAGCGCUUCUGGAUCAGAAGAAGCAGGACCGGAGAGUGCAGGACUUCCUUCAGCGCUGCCUCGAGUCUCCUUUCAGCCGCAAGCUGGACCUUUGGAGCUUUUUGGACAUUCCUCGAAGUCGGCUGGUCAAAUACCCGCUGCUCCUGAAAGAGAUCCUGAGGCACACUCCUAAAGACCAUCCUGAUGUCCAGAUCCUGGAAGAAGCCAUAUCUAUAAUCCAAGGUGUCCUCUCUGACAUCAACUUGAAGAAGGGGGAGUCAGAGUGCCAGUACUACAUUGACAAGCUGGAAUACCUGGAUGAGAAGCAGAAGGACCCGAGGAUUGAAGGAAGCAAAGCUUUACUGUGCCACGGGGAGCUGAAGAAUAAAAAUGGGCAUAAACUCUACGUCUUCCUUUUCCAAGACAUCCUGGUUUUGACCCGGCCAGUCACUCGCAACGAGCGUCAGUCCUACCAAGUGUACCGGCAGCCAAUCCCUGUCCAGGAGCUGCUCCUCGAAGACCUGCAGGACGGCGAUGUGAAAAUGGGAGGAUCCUUCCGAGGAGCUUUUGGCAAUUCGGAUAAAGCUAAAAAUAUCUUCCGAGUUCGUUUCCAAGACCCCUCCCCGGGCCAGUCCCACACGCUGCAGGCCAACGACAUCUUCCACAAGCAGCAGUGGGUCAACUGCAUCCGAACCGCCAUCGCCCCCUUCCAGCGGACUGCAGCCGCCGCGGAGCUGCCGGAGCUGCCGGAGCUCAGCGAAGAGUCGGAGGAGAACAACCCCUCCGCGCCCAACGUCAAAGCCCAGAGGAGGCAGUCCGCCAUGUCCGGCGUAACGGAGAUGGAGCUGGACGAGAGCACGGCCGAGUGCGGCUCCGUCCUGGACUCGGAGGAAGCCAAGGGCGUGAAAACGCACAGAACGCUCGCGGGGCACAGGAAAACGAGGGAGAAGCAGCUGAGCAGCAAGCGGAAAGAAACGCUAGUGUAAAGAGGAGCCCGGUGACACCACGGCGGAAGACUGUUUAUUUAUAAAUAACGUGUACAUUUUUCUUGUCAUGUGAGCAUGAUUGGAUUUGCUCUUCUGAACAGAAGUGUCUUUUUUUUUUUAUGUUGUAAUGGCAGCUACUGGUAUACAGUUAACACUGUUGAACUGGAGUCUGUUUUUCCUAAAGCAACCACUUUGACCCUGUUUUUAUGCUCUUAGUCUGUGAUUCAGAAGCCCUCGUGGUUUUGACUGCUUCCGGCAGAUUUUUGAAGAGCACACCUUGGUUUCUGAAAGAUUGCCACGUGGUGAUUGAGGCGGGGAAAUGGUAAACCUAAAGCAGAAGUUGGUGCCGUCACCACGAGCCUGGUGGUGUCCCACUGCAGCGGAACAGUUUGGAUCUGUGCUGCAGGAGCCCUUUUAAAGUGGGCUCGAAAGCUGAAGUCACAUUUUCUUUUUGUCUCGAAUAGUGCAUGUUUUGCAGAGUCUGGUUAUCGUCACCCAUGUGACUUUCCAUCCUUUUUUUUUUAAAAAAAAAAAAAAAAAGGACAAAAAAUCAGACCCCAGGUUCAACAGGUUCUCAAUUUACCUACUGGAAUCUUUCGUCCUGGUGCGUUCAUUGUACAUUCCUCAUUUUCACUCAUGUAACCUGCCGCAUAUUUAAUUUUUUUUUUAUUAGUUGUUUUUGUUUCCAAUACUUGUUUGGGGUUUUUUGGUUUUCUUUUUGUUUGUUUGUUUGUUCGUUUUUUUACUUUUGUAUUUUCGUCAUCUGCAGUCUUUCAGACUUGGCAUUUCCUUUCAGCUACUUGAUCCUUCUUGUUCAGAGGCGCGCGUGUACAUAAUGCGCCUGCGCUGAGCUCUGGACUCCUGAAAGAGAACUGCGUUGUACGGGGCGUAGGAAGGUUUUGUAGGCACGUUGCAAAGGGUUUGGGGAGGGAAGAAGAGCAGCAGCUGUAGAGGGAAUAGCAAGGGAGUGAAAGUAGCUUUUGUAGUUACUGUUUGUUGAAAAUGAAAUGCCUUCCGUGGGGGGGCCGGGCUGGAGGCAGCCGAGAGGAUAUUGCAUGUGGUAGAAAGGUAGAGAAGAGGAAGCGUCUGCGGCGGAGGAGUUGGGGACGGGAGAGGUAGAAGUGUAUAUACUCGUAACGGCGACACUGCCGCCUUCUAGCAGUCCAAAGAAUUCGUGUGAGAAGCCAGCUGGGAAACUGCCGCGAAGCAUCGUAGGAAACAAAGCGGUACCAGCUCUGAUCGAAGCCAAAGGGUUGCUCCCGCACUGCGGCCGAGGGUGGCGGGGUGAGGGCAGCGAUCCCACGCCACCCCUCCUCGAGCCUUGCACUCACCUGGCUGUGAGGGUUCCUGUCCCUCGCGCCAGUAGUGCGGGAGGUGGGAGGAAGGUGUACAUAGACACAAAGCCGUGUGGUUCUCUGUAAAUGUCUUGUACAGUUUCGAUUGCCAAGUACAAUUAAAUUUGUGACAGCCUUC